AUGACGCCAAUGAACCCUGCGCUGCCUGUAGUCAUCGCACGAAAACGGGCGUUAUGCAGCGUCGCGUCCGAUUGGAAUCCGAUCGUCCCCAUUGGCGCCCGGCCCUCCCACACCCCCGAGGCCGCUUGUUUCCUAAAGUGCCCGCCGGACGUCGUCCUGUGUGCUUCCCUCCUCGCCCGACGACGUCCGCUCUAUCUCUUCCCUCUAUCGCUGCGCGCCUCGCACCCCUCCCUCCGAGGGCCACGGCUCGCCGAGACCGUCGCCGAUCCCUCCAUCGACGCCACAGACCCGCCUAGCCCGCGCGACCGACGUCCCACCUCUCCCCGCGCUCCACCCUCCCGCAUCCCACUCCCAGCCCAAUCUAUCCUCUCCCGAUUCGGUCGUGCCACAUGA